AUGGCAAUCGUGCAACAAGAGUUCAGUAAUGAAAAUAUCACCACAUUUAAAAUCGUCUUCUCCUCGGUGAUCUUUAGCAUGGAAACCAUGACUGGUAUCCUUGGAAAUGGCUUCAUCACUGCUAUCUAUGGGGCUGAAUGGGUCAGGAACAAAAGACUCCCCACCAGCGAUGGCCUUAUGUUGCUGCUGAGCUCUUCCAGGCUUGUACUACAGAUCUGGCUGAUAGUGACAAUUAUAUACACUUACUUCUUCCAAGACAUUUACUACCAAAAGUCUUUGAAUCAAUUCUUCCAAAUCACACUUUUGUUUCUGAACUAUUCCAACCUCUGGUUUGCUACCUGGCUCAAUGUCUUCUAUUGUCUUAAAAUUGCCAACUUCACCCAGUUUUUGUUCUUGCUGAUGAAGAGGAAGAUCACAGUGCUGAUGCCUUGGCUUGUGAGUUUGUCACUGUUAGUUUCCUUGGGCGUGAGCUCUCUUUUCCUUAUAAACACCUUCCAUAUUCAUGUGAAUAGCUCCUUUCCUGUCACUUCCUCCAACUCCACUGAGAAGAAGUAUAUCUCUGAGACCAAUGUGGUCAACCUGAGUUUUUUCUACUACAUAGGAAUCUUUAUUCCUCUGAUCCUGUUCAUCAUGGCGGCCACUCUGCUGAUCAUUUCUCUCAAGAGACACAUCAGGCACAUGAAAAGCAGUGCCACAGGCUCCAGGGAUCCAAGCGUGGAAGCUCACUUGGGAGCCAUCAGAUCCACUGGCUGUUUUCUAAUUCUCUACAUUACCAAUGCACUUGCUCUAUUUAUAUCCAUGUCCAACAUCUUUGACAUGUACAGUCCCUGGGGUAUUUUGUGCAGAAUUAUCACUGCUGCCUACCCAGCCAGCCACUCAGCACAACUGAUCUUGUGUUAUCCUGGACUGAGGAGAGCCUGGAAGAGGUAUCAGCACAGAGUUCAGCUUUAUCUUAAAGGACAAAUACAUUGA